AUGCCUCUUCACGGGGCUGCGAGACUGCCACAGCUUGUGCGCUUCCCGACAUACUCUGUCCCUUGCAAUGCUCGGCCAAGGCAGAAUCCAGAUUUCCAGGCGAAAAGCUCCAGCUUCCUGAAAAGUGCCCCAAGGCAUGACAAGCUGCGAGGGUACCUGGAUCUACCCAACGCGUCCGGCAACACCUCUGACUCGGCCAUGGUGCCCUUGGAACGUGCCAAGCCAGAAGACAUCUUCGAGGAGCCCAGAAAGGUGAUGGGAGUCGCCUUGAACGGCGAAAGUGACAUGCGAACACUGAACACUUCGUUGGUUCUCGGCGCUUCCGGUGCUGCAGGAGUGAUCAUGGCUUUUGCGGUGCUGCAAGUGCUUCUCCCGCAAGUUUAUCAGCGCGCUUGUAAGCGAAAGUCGAAGGACGAUGGCGAUGCAACCGAAGACUAUCACCUGCAGGUGCCUUCGGGGAUGCGCUGGCUUGACUUUCUCUGGAAAGUGUGGAACACGACGCCAGAUGACGAAGUUCGGCUGGCGGGACUGGAUGGCUGGUCCCUGCUGGAGUUUGUGCGGCUCAAUCUCCGGAUCAUGUCGAUCUUGGGCCCCUUCAUGCUCGCAGUGCUGCUGCCCCUGCACUUCGUGGCAAGCCGUGAGUCCCACAACACGCUGGACUUCCUCAGCCGGUUGGACAUUGGCAACCUGCCAAGGAACAGCUGGAUGCUCUGGUUCCAUGCCGCUGUGGUGUGGUUUGUAGUGACAAUCAGCGCAUGGCAGAUCAAGCUGGCGCAUGACGGAUUUACCGAGCGCCGGUACCAAUGGCUAGCAACGCUGCCGAGGCCUCGAUCGACCACCGUGAUGGUCCGGAACAUCCCGCCAAUGUACCGCUCGGAUAGCGCGCUGAAGGAGUACUUCGACACAGUCUUCAGUGAGGAGUCCAUGCACACCGUGGAGCGUGCCUACGUGAUCCGCAGAACAGGAAGGCUGCCAAAGCUAGUACAGCAGCUCCGAGCCGCUCGCUACGAGGCGGCCGUGGUUUCGAACCGUCUCAACCAGGCACGGCAGGAAGGCAAUUCCGACGACAGGGGCAUGGAGAUGGAGCUGGAGAAGCACAGGCUUGCCAUCGGGAAUCUCAGGAGCCGAGUCGCCCGCGAACAGGCAGCCAUCGAAGCUGCUGCGCAGGGCCCACGACCGGACCAGAAGGUGGGCUCCUCCUCAGGUUUUGUGACCUUUACGACCAUCCUGUCCCAACGCCUCGCAUCGCGGGAGCAGUGCACUCGUGACGUCCAGGCAUUCAGGAUGUUCAUGGCUCCAGACUCCAACGACGUCUUGUACGAGAACCUAGCGGAGGACGACAUCAAUGCGUCCUCGUGGAAAUGGCUCGGCAGGCUGGCGUUAGUUGCAGUGUUUCUCUUCUGGAUCCCCAUCGUGGUGGCGAUCUCUGGUUGGACCACGCUGAGCUCCAUCCAGGGCACCGUUCCCAUUGUCAAGAAGUUUGUGGACGCACACCCUGCCAUCGGCAACCUGCUGUCUGGCGUUCUGGCCACAGCCACGCUGAAGAUGUUCAUGGCCUUUUUACCGAAUGUGCUACAUGCGAUCAUCACCACUACUUCACACCUGAAGGCUGGCAGCGUAGAGCAGCUGAAGUUGCAGCAAUGGUCUGCUGCCUUCCUUCUGCUUUUCGUGGUGCUGGUAACCUCCCUCGGACGAGGCCUCACCAUCACCUUCAUCAUUAUCAUGCAGGAGCCGGCGAAGAUCAUCAGUUUGCUUGCUGCAUCGCUGCCCUCGGCAUCUCACUUUUACUUCAACUAUGUCAUCCUUGGGUGGCUGGUGCUGCCACUAGACUUGCUCCGCACGGGCAACCUGGCCAAGUGGUUCUUCUACCGCAAGGUUUGUGCCUUCGAGGAGGAGGAAGCAAAGGAGUAUUCGGAGCCCGAGGAUGUCGCCUACUAUGGUUUGGGCUCCAGAAUGGCACGAUCUGUCCUCAUGGCCUCUAUCUUUUUCCUGUUUGCCUCGUGCUCCCCGCUGAUCUUCGUCUUCACUUGGGUCUACUUCUUCCUGGCGCAAUUUGUCUACGGCUACCUUCUGCUCUUCUGCGAGAGCAAGAAGCCAGACACGGGGGGGAUCUUCUGGGUCCAGGCCAUGGACCAGCUCUUCAUCGUGCUGGCCAUCUACGUGAUGCUUAUGGUCGGCGUCCUCCGAGCCCUUACCCAGGAGGACAUUUGGCUGGGACCUCCGGCCGCUUCGCUUGCCUCCCUCCUGGUCCUUUACAUGGCAAGGCGUGAGGUCAACAACUUGGCCUUUGAGACGCUGCCCCUAGAGGAGGUGGUCAAAGCCUUCCACGAGAGCAAGGACAGGUCUGAGUACGUGAACAUGUACAUUCAGCCUGAGUGUGACCCGAUGUUGGUGGAUGAGUAA